UUUUCGCAAAUGUGUUUACAUUUUGGUUUGUUUUGGUAAACUGGCCUGUUAAAUUUUAAUUUAAUUAAAUUUACCUGUGAAUUUGAAAGUUAAUUUUGUUCUAUUGUUGUUUGGCUAAUCACAAGGAUCAGGUUGAUACCUAAAUUGUAAUAUUUCACCAGUUACUUACAUUGUUUUGGUUACUCUUAAAACUGAACCGUUAUUACAUAGCAACCAUGUGUUUUCUUGUUUUAUUUUGUGUCAUACCUGAUGAGCCAACCAAUUUUUGGACCUUUGGACAAUCGCCACAAUUUUGAAAAGGACUCUGGUCCGAGGAAAAUAUUUUUAGGAGAACGUUUUGAGGAGAACAACCCUUUAUUAGGAGUAGGCGAACAGGACUUUUUGUCCAUUUAUUUGUGAUUUAACUUGUCAAUUAAUAUGUAAUUCGACCUCAGGGGAGAAAAAUUUGUUAUUUAUUUUAUUAUUAUUUUGCAUUCUAUUAUUUUUCCCUUCCUUGUCCCUGUUUUCCCUAUCCCUUGGUACGGUAGUCGCAACCGGAUACGAUGAAUCUUAAUUCAUCGGUGCCUCCCCUGAGGUCGCUGUCAAAGCUUCAAAUAAAAAUUUUCAUCUUCAACAUGUUGUUGAUGUUUUGAUUUAACUGAUUUUUUGAUUAUCUUUUUUUUAUCUAAUUGUGAUUGUUUAUUUUUCUUAAUUAAUAUUAAUAUUACUCUUUGGUCUAUGGAGAGGCUUUUUCGUAGACAGCUGUCAUCUCAAGUAGGUGGAGGUUCUGGUGUCCGGCGAAAUGAGUUGUACAUUCAAAUGAUAUCAGAAUGUUUUCGGAAUAAAUUGUUUGGAGAUAAAUUAAAUUGUUCAAUUGAUGGAAAGACAAUUGACAAAGUAAAAUCAAGUCUUGCUGAUCAUGGUUUAUGGAGAUUAUCAAAGAAAAAGAAAAAUGUAAUUAGUAAAUCAACAGUGGAAGAUGGUCCAAUGUAUCCUUCUGAUCCAGCUCCUUCCAUUGAAUUUAAAUUACCUAAUUUGGUUGGUAACAAUAUAGAGGAACAUUUCCAAUCAAUUGGUGAAAAAUAUUCAUCGGCUUACAAAUCGUUAGCCGAUGAAAUUGUCUCCAAACCUUUACCCCAAUUACCAGAUAAAUGGAGUUACACUCAAGGUUGGACUCGUUAUGUGAUUGAUAAUUAUGGCCAAAUGAUUAAAUCGAAAGUUGAUUAUCCCGAUGAGAAAGUAUUAAUUUUCGAUGUUGAAGUUUGUAUGAAUGAUGGAUCAGGUAAACAACCAACUUUAGCUGCUUGUGCCUCACCUGAUGCUUGGUACUCAUGGUGUAGUCCAAGGUUGAUCAAUGAAACAACUGAAUUAGAUAAUCUAUCAGUUAAAUAUCAAACCAAUCAGCAACAAUUAAAACUCAAUGAAAUGAUAACCAUGGGUAGUUACGCCAGUUGUGAGCGAUUAAUCAUUGGCCACAAUGUUUCCUUUGAUAGAUCCUACAUAAAAGAUCAAAAUUUAAUCGAUUGUGAUAAGACCCGUUUCCUUGAUACAAUGAGCCUUCAUAUCAGUUUAUCAGGAUUAACCGGAUAUCAACGAGCUUUAUCCUUUUCCUACAAGGUGGGCAAAAAGAAUGGAAUGAAUGAUUUAUCGUUGAAAUCCAAAUUUGAGAACGCUGGUCACCCUGAUCCCGGUGGAUGGCAAGAACUUGGCUCAUUGAAUAGUCUUAAAGAUGUUUAUGCUUUUCAUUGUAAGAAAGAGAUGAGUAAAGAAGAGCGAGAUAUCUUUGUGAAAGGUUCACUUUCCGAUGUUCGAGAAAAUUUCCAAGAAUUAGUCACCUAUUGUGCUGGUGAUGUGAUCGCAACACAUGAAGUUUUCCGAUCGAUUUGGUCUCAAUAUCUUAAUCGAUUUCCUCAUCCGGUUACUUUAGCUGGAAUGUUGGAAAUGUCAACCAUGUAUCUACCGGUGAAUAUACCCAAUUGGGAGCGAUAUCUAGAGGAAGCUCAAAGUGUUUACAAUGAUUUAGAGAGAGAAGUUCAUUUAUGCCUUCAAUCUCUUGCUAAUCAAGCCUGUUCUCUAUCGAAAGAUAAAAGUUAUUCCAAUGAUCCAUGGCUUUGGGAUUUAGAUUGGUCAACGCAAGAAUUACGAUUCAAUAAGGAAAAGAUUAAGAAGUUGAAUGCCAAAAAAUCGUCUAAACCAAAAAAGAAUGGAAAAAAUGUCAACAGCAAAGUAGAGAUUGAAAAAGUUGAGAAUGAUACUACAAUCAGCGAAACUCAAAGUACCAUUGAUAAAAUUUUAACCACAGAAAAUUUAAUAUCCAAAGUUCAACCUCUUCUCCCUGGUUACCCUGCUUGGUAUCGAGAUCUAUGUGACCAUCCAUUUGGUGGUUCUAAACUACGAAGUGAUGAGAAACUAUUAAAAUGGCAACCUGGACCUUCCCUGAUUAGUACAUCAAUGAGAACAUCACCUAAAUUGUUACGAAUGCUUUGGAAAGGUUAUCCUCUUCAUUACGAUGAUACACAUAAAUGGGGUUACCUUGUGCCCGAUUCGUGGUCAAAUACCAAUUCUUCUGGUGAAUUUCCCUUGGAAGAAUAUCUCAAAAUUGUGAACAUUACCCAACAAGAGAGACAACGAAAAGAUGAUAAAAGAUUACAAUUGAAAACGGCUGAUCCCGAUUGGAUGGAUCAUGAGUUAUUCGAUGAGAAUAUAAGUCUCGAAGAAGAUGAUAAUGAACAUUCUGCUAUUAAGAUGUUCGGUUGUAAAUUUUAUCGACUUCCACAUAAAAGUGGCCCCGACAAUAAAGUGGGAAAUCCAUUGGGAAAGGAAUUCCUUAGGUAUCUUGAUGAUGGAACUUUAUCAACAUUCCUUAAGAAAACUCAAGCUCAAUCAUUUCUACAGAUUAGUAAAACGCUUUCAUAUUGGAAGAAUUCAAAUAAACGGAUCUAUUCACAACUAGUGGUUCCAAUUGAUUCAUCGGGUUAUGUUGGAGCUUUAUUGCCUCGAGUAAUUGUGGCGGGAACAAUAACUCGAAGAGCUGUUGAACCAACUUGGUUAACCGCAUCAAAUGCCGUUUCAGACCGAUUGGGAAGUGAAUUAAAAGCAAUGAUUCAAGUACCCAAAGGAUAUAAAUUGGUUGGCGCUGAUGUUGACUCGCAAGAGCUUUGGAUUGCCUCGUUAAUUGGUGACUCUCAUUUUGCCAAAAUUCAUGGUUCAACUCCGAUCGGUUGGAUGACCUUACAGGGAAGCAAAGCAACCAAAACUGAUAUGCACUCGAAAGUGGCAGAAAUGGUUGGAAUUAAUCGUGAUCAAGCUAAAGUGCUUAAUUAUGGUCGCAUUUAUGGAGCGGGUAAAGCAUUUGCAGCCCGAUUUUUGAAGCAAUCAAAUGAAAAUCUCACUGAUGAUGAAGCGAAAACAAAAGCGAUCAAAAUUUACAAACAAACGAAAGGUACACGAGUUAACGUUACCGAUACGGAGAAACGGUUCAUACGGAAAGAGUGGAAAGGUGGAAGUGAAUCUCAAAUGUUCAACAAAUUAGAAACAAUUGCCCUCUCACCCGAACCCUGUACUCCCGUUUUAAACUGUAAGAUAAGUACAGCGCUACUACCGAUUGAGGUUCGACAAUCAUUUGUACCAAGUGUAGUUAAUUGGGUUGUUCAAAGUUCAGCGGUUGAUUAUCUUCAUCUGAUGCUGGUAAACAUGAAAUGGCUUCUAGAUGAGUUCAAUAUCGAUGGUAGAUUUUGUUUAUCCAUCCACGAUGAGGUCAGAUACAUGGUCAAAGAUGCCGAUUGUUAUAAAGCGGCACUUGCACUUCAAGUAACUAAUCUGUUCACGCGAUCAAUGUUUGCCUCGAGAAUGGGAAUGUACGAUUUACCUCAAUCAGUUGCUUUCUUCAGCUCCAUCGAUAUCGACACUGUGCUUCGUAAAGAGGUUUAUCUUGAUUGUAAAACUCCGUCCAACCCUCACGGCCUUAAAUUGGGCUAUGGAAUUGAACAAGGUGAAAGUUUGGAUAUUUAUCAGCUUCUUAAACGACCCGAAAUAGCUAAGUUAAUUACUUGGGAAUCGAAAAGUUCAUCUGAAGGUGAAGGCGGCGAUUCUAGUGAUGAUGUUGAUCCAACUAUGAUUUUCACACUUAUACCAAAUAAUAAUUCGGAGAAAAUUAAUCAACUAUCAACUUAAUUCGACUUUUAAAAUCGAAUCAACAAUUUGUUAAUUAUUUUAAUAGAAAUUUAUGUAAAUAAUUCAUCUCUUGCAUUUUCUCAUCCGAUAUUCUGUAAAUUAACUAAUUGUCACCUUUUCUUUUUGAUCUUUUUUUCUUGUUGAUUAUAUUUUCUCAAUUGAUCUCAUGUAAUAUUUAACGUUUCACUGUUAAUUGUGAUCAACUUUAAUUGAUCACUUUCGUAUAGUUUGAAUAAAGUUUAUUUAAUAAGUAAAA